AUGACCGUCGACGACGCCCGCCCAUGGGGCUACACCUGGCGCUCCUCGCAGCGCUUCAUCAUCGCCACCGCCACAACCAGCCUGUUUUCUGAAUGCUUCCUCUUCGGCUUCGUCGUCCCCAUCCUCCCGUACAUGCUCGAAACCCGCCUCGCCCUCGACCCCUCGCAGACGCAGAACCUCACCACCACCCUCCUCACCCUCUACGGCGCCGUCUCGCUUGUCUCCGCGCCCUUCAUCGCCCACUUUGCUGAUAAGACGCCGAGCAGGAAGGGUCCCUUGCUGUUGGCCCUUGCGGCUUGUGCGUCGGGGACGGUCCUGGUUGCUUGUGCGCCGGCUGUGUGGGUUCUAAUGGCCGGGCAGAUCUUGCAGUCCCUUGCCAGCGCGUCGGUCUGGAUCGUCGCGUUCGCGACGCUGGUGGAUAACGUCGACGAGCGGAGUAAGGGCAAGGUCACCGCCACCGCCAUGUCCUUCGUCUCGAUGGGCAUCUUCGCCGGUCCAAUGGUUUCGGGCUUUCUCCUGCAGUUGCUCGGAUACUGGCCUGCUUGGUCGGCGGCGCUGCUAUUGCUAGCUCUCGACUUCCUCGCCCGGCUGCUGAUGAUCGAGACCCCGUCGCCACGAGAGAGACAGCCCCCAGCUGCCGAACAGGCGCAGGAGCAAGCGCAAGAACGAGCGCCCCUCCUCCCAGAGCCCGAGCACGAAGCAGACGAUCCCAACCCUGCACCCGCACCCCCGCGCGGCUUCUACAAAAUCAUGCUCACAAACCCGCAAAUCCUCGCCUCCCUCUUCAACACCCUCGCCCUGUCAAUGAUCAUCGCCGCCUUCGACACGACCUUACCCCUGCACGUCCGCGACGCCUUCGGCUGGGGCAGUCUCCCCGUCGGACUCAUCUUCUUCGGCCUGCAGAUCCCGACCAUCGCGCUCGGCCCGGCCGUCGGCCUCCUGCGCGACCGCAUCGGCCUGCGCUACCCGACUACACUCGCCUGCGCCGCUAUGGCGCCGCUGCUGUGGCUUCUUGCGCUGCCGGGGGCGCAUGGGGUUCCGACGGACCAGACUGGGAAGGGGAUUUAUAUCGCCGCUCUCGCGGGGAUUGGGCUGUGUAUGGCGUUUACGCGCGGCGCGGGGACAUUCCAGAUGAUGGCCGUCGUGCAUGUCCUCGAGCGUGAGGAUCCGAACCUCUUCGGUCCGUAUGGUGGGAACUCAAGGCUCUCCGGGCUCAGUGAGCUCCCGUUUAACAUUGGCAUGAUGGUUGGCCCGUUGCUCUCGGGCUCGUUCUCGGAGUUCUUGGGGUAUUAUUGGAGUUGUGUGGUGCUUGCGGUUGUUGCGGGGGCUGUGGCGGGGACGUCGUGGGUUUAUUUGACGGCGGAGGGGGUGCAGGUGAGGGAGGUGGAGGGCGAGGUUUGA